AUGGCUCAGCUAAUAAAUUUGAAAUUAUCCAGGCACGACCAAUCGUCUCCGUGGGGAUUUAGAUUACAAGGAGGCAAAGAUUUUGGGACACCAUUGCUCAUACAAAAGGUGAAUUUUGGCAGUUUGGCCGAGAAAUCUGGUCUUCAAGUAGGCGACGCCCUAGUUAGGGUCAAUAAUCAAGAUGUUUAUGACGUGAAGCACAAGGAUGCCCAAGAUGUUAUCCUGGGAGCUGGGAACGCUUUUGAAGUGACCAUACAACGUGGUGGAACAAGUACAUGGAAACCGUCAGUAACACCUGUUGGACCAAGUCCAGUGCCCAGUCGUCUGUCCCAAUCUCCACAAAUACUGACAAAAACAUCAUUAGCCAAAGUUGGACCACAAUCUCCUGCAUUUGGUUCUUCGCACAAUUCUGUUUCACGGCCAUAUAGUGGAACUUCAUCGCCUAAAGUUAAUCCGAGUGGAUACAAUAAUGAUUCUGGUACUGUUAAAGCUAUUGUAAAUAAACAGUACAACACACCAGUAGGUAUUUACAGCGAGGAGAACAUUGCUGAGACGCUUACAGCUCAAGCGGAAGUAUUGGCUGGAGGAGUAUUAGGAGUCAAUUUUAAGAAAAACGAAAAAAAUUACGAAGCUAAUAAUAGCGAAGUGUUAAGAAUGGUACAGGAAGCCGACAAAGAACCAAGGGAUUUAAAUACAGACCUACAAUCGAAAUUCGCAUAUUUCUCGGCUUCGAGCCAUGCGAUAGGGGGUCGUGCUACAUCACCACGCCCUAUGACACCUAUAGCAGCAAACAUGCACAUGCCCGAACAGCGUGAUCCAUAUUUGGGUUCUCCUUUGAAAGAACUGGACGUGGAGAAUGCGAAGCGUGUUGAGUGCAGUGAUUGCAGAAACGAUGUUAUCGGUGUGUUCGUACGCAUCAAAGAUAAAAGUCUGCACGUCGAGUGCUUUAAAUGCGCCACUUGUGGAUCGUCUCUGAAAAACGUGGGCUAUUUCAACAUCAACAACAAAUUGUAUUGCGACAUUCAUGCCAAAAUGGUUGCCAGACAAAAUCCACCAACACCAAAUUUGGAACCAGUUACCGUAGCACCAGGCUCAAAUCCGCCUUUAGGAUCGUUCAAUAUAAUUCCAACUAAACCGAAGGACGUACAAUCUGUACAAUCACCACAACCAAGCACCUUAUCGCCAAUACCAUUCCACGCUCCAAAAGCUCCUAGUCACGUAAACGCCCCCAAACAGCAGACUCCGUCGAAAGUUUUUUCGAAUGCUAAACCAUACGAAGCACCAAAACAAACACCAACUCCUCCGAUGUUCUCUGGUGGAUACAGCCAAGUUCAGACCGGCUUCAACUCUCAAUUGAAAACAAAAUCUAUUACUUCAGACAUAAAAACAUUCAACUCCAAACCGCGUCCUUUCUCAGCCGUAUUCACUUCUUAG